GAUACGAGGAGGAGGAAGCGCGCUCACAGUGGCGGACUGUCAUCAACAACAACAAUACCAGCAACAUGGACCCUCCAGAGAGGGCCGUUGCAUCUCCUCAGUUGCCAGCAGAUGACGGUGUGAGUCACUCUGUUGGACAAACAUCCAUAAGCCACCUGGGAGACCAAAGUCAGAGCAGUGAAAACCAGGACCAGAGGCAGCCCAGGAUGGAAACGGAUGGUCUGGAGCUUCCACAGCCAGGGGGACAGUCUUUGCAGCUAGACUUUCAGGACAGUAACCUGUCUCCAGCCCUUCACCUGCUGCCUGUAAACUCUGGAGUGGAAAACACUGAAUAUUCUUUAUUCCAGCAAAGUGAUACAGAAUUUGCCCCUUUACGGGCAUACCCUGACGUUUCCAUGGCAUCAGAGAGGUUUCACUUUCCACUUCUGGAUCGCACAACUCAGGCCUCUGAGUGUGGCUCGUUGUCCCAGCACCCUCUCUCCCAGGCAACCAUCCUUUCUGAAGAAGGAGCAAGCAACAGCUGCUCUCUUUUUCAGCACAGUUUAUCACCCAGGGACCAAGACAAACAAGAGGACACCAGUAGCAGAAAGAAGGACCCAGAGGCCCGAACUGACCUUCCAGAAGAACUAGUAGGAGAGGUGGCUGAAGAUGAAACUUUCUUUUUGAGUAAGGAUGUUCGGGCCCAGCAUCUUUUGGACCUCCUGCAGAAAGACGUCGACAUGCCAAGCAGCAGUAGCAGCGCUGUUUCCUCUGCGUCUCAGACUUUUAUGAAGGAGGAGAUGACUGACCAGAGGAUGGUUACAAGAGAAGGUCCUCCAGGUGAAGCAGCUUUUCCUCAACAGCAGCCACAACAACCUGACACAGUUUCAAACCCUGAUCAAUCCCAAGCACCGUUAUCUGAGCUCUCUAACAUCACUAUGGGUUCUCGCAGCACUCAGCCUGAUGACAGCAGUGAGGCGUUGCACAGAGAGCUGCUUUCUGAAGUAGAGAGACGCAGCAGCCAUGAAGCUGAAUCCAAAAACAAACAGCAAAAAACUCCUACACCACCCGCUCAGUUUCAUCUCACACCAUAUCCCAAAGAGAUGUCUGAAGGUCAGCCAAGUGCAAUUGGAACCAAUCACGGGGGUGCACUGUGGACCGUACCAUUUUCUGCUGGUGUUGAAAGAGUUUACAGAGAGCAAGAUCUCUGGUCCUCAGGAAACCAAACAGGGAUUGAUGGUUCCUACCUGGGUUUUCUUCCACAGUCUCAAUCCACUCCAGGGGUUUUUAAGUCCCCGACCAAAUCCAGUGCCAAGCCUAGAUUAGGGCAACUUUCAGCCAUACAAUCUAAUACUGAGAACUCUUGCCAGUCAAGCACCGGGAUCUCUCCACAGUCAGCUGACGCCCAUCAAACAAACACAGCAAAUCAAAGCCAAGACGACGCUACUUCUGCCAAAGUCCACUCUCUUCCAAGUCUCAACUACAUCGAGAAAGUAGAUGCCUGGAGGGCAAACCAGAGCUCAGGCAAGACUUCAUUGUUUGAUAGUUUGGCACUACAAGGAUUUUCUGGCAUCUCUCCUAAAAAGAAAGCUUAUGAUGCAGUAUCUGACACGUUGAAUCGCAUUCUUAGUCAGCAGGUUAGGGGUUUACAACAGCCUCUUGUUUCAGGUGCUGCCAGUCAUAAUGUCUUUCAGGGCUCCUCUGCAGUUCCCUCCGGCUCUUCUUCUCCAAGAAGAGGGGAGGCAGUGGGCAGCGCUCCCAAUGAGAAGGAUAACACUGGACCUGCAGCACCGCCUUCUCCCUCACCGUUUGCCCGAUCACAGUCCCACUCCUCCCUCAGCACAGUUGUCAUGUCUGUUCUCAAAGACCAGCAGACCGACGGGCCUCCAGAGAAAGACAAGAGUCAGAGUCAAGACGAUGCUCAUCACCAUCCAACCACCGCAGUUGAAGCUUCGGCUCUUAUGAGCCUCGGUCGCUUCAGUGAUGUGUCGCUGGAUCGAGAUUUGACACUGUCGAGUUCCCAGGAUAGUUACAGUGAAGUUAAAGUAGGAACUUCCAUUGGAGCGUCCUCGAUUGUCAGCCUGGAUAUUGAUAACUACGCCCCCUACUGGACUUCAAAACUGUCGACACCACCACCGAGGCAUCGGGAGCUCAACAUCGAUGAACGAAUUCCGCUUUAUCUGCAUAAUCUGGGUAUAGAUCAGUCCCCCUCAACAAUCUUAACUCCAUUUGCACCCAGAGGACCAAUCAGAGAGCCUGAAUUCUCUCCCACUGAUCUCUGUACAACUAAAGGAUCUAUUGGAACCCCAACCAAGAGCGCUCAACCCUCUGAGGGCAGCAGUCCCCAUAAAGGAGAGUAUUCCAGGUCCAGCAUUCUGUCGGUGGACUCAAGUAUCUCCAUACCAUUCAGCCUGGACAGUCUUGGUCCGACUGUAUCUCUCCCAGAGAGGGUCAGACGGACUUCAUCAGAAACAGAAGCUAACCAGAGUGAACGCAGACUUGCAGUUUCCUCUGAGCCUGAGGAAGACUCCCAUUCCUCCGUACUGCAGCACAGCCAGCAGCAACAGGGCAGUAAUUUAACCAGCAGCCAGAAGAUCGACCAGCCAGGAGACGUGUUAGACUCUGACGUCUCUUUUGCUGUCAAGUCGAGAAGCGGGGAAAGAAAUGUGGAGUUGAAAACAAGUCGUAGUGUUGAACAAAAUACGGAAGAAUCUUUUGUCAGCUCAAAGGCCUUGUCUGAAAUCCGUAAACUGCUCUCUCAUGCAGAGAACAUGUUUUCUACUGGGUCUUCUGCAGCUUCCUCAGCCUCCCCUACAGCGCCACGUCUUCUCUCAGAUCAGGACAUAUUCCUCUCACUGAGGAAGAAAACCAGCAGACUCCACGACUCCUCAGUCUCCUCCUCCUCUUCAGCUGGAGACCCCAAAACUCAUUCCUCAACGCUCUGGGCCAGAUCUUCGUCCGACUCCAUGCUGAUGUCAGAAAAACUGAGGCAAAGCUCUGUCGGUCGAGAGAGUUUGACUUCAUCCUGGCAGCCUGAUUAUCCGUCCACACAAGCUCCUGUUACUGCCGUGGUUGCAUACGAAACAACACAAGAUAGCACCAUUAGUAGUAGUGCAGAGACGUCCCUUGUCCUCUCCAAAUCAGCCCGGAGGACAGAACCUGAGGGUUGCAGUGCUGCACCUCCUGACAAAGUCCCACCUCAGCCGGCAGUCAACAAGCCACCACCAGCUUUAGGUGCACAACAGCUCACCUCUACUCCUGCAGAUACAGCGGAGGAGGAGGAGGAGGAGGAGGAGGAAGAGGAGGAAGAGGAAAACACAACACCUAGACGUCCUGUACAAAGCAGCUCAUCCUCGCCCAUCCUUGAGGACGCUGAUCAGGAAGUGAUGAGUGAUGGGAGCAGCGGGAGCUCGCUGGCAGUCAGAGUGGCCAAGUUACUGCAGACUGAAUCUCCGGCCACCAUGAUGUCCAGUACUCCACUCAGUGUCACAGACCAAGAGGAGAGCAAAGCCAGAGAGUGGAUAAAGUUGAAGAUAUCAGGACAGCAGUGUGAGCCUCUGGAGUUGCACAAAGAAGACAGAAUGCGGAUUGAAGAGAUCAAGAGAGAGCUGCUGUUAAAAAACCCUAUAAAGAGCCAGACAAGCACUGAUACAGAGAGCAGUGCAGCGUCCAGUUUUAAAGUUCCAGAUGUGCACGAUUCACCUCCGUCUGCAGAGACAUUCACUGCCCUCAGUGAAGCCAACAAGCAGCCAAACCAGCCACCGCAAAGCCUCAAUAUGAAUCUUCCUGACUCCAGCAUGCAGCUACAAAACUCUCAUCGCCCGGAUCUGGAGGCUAAAGUCUGUGAGAUUGCUGCCAGAGAAGGAGUGACCCUCCCUAAUAAAAACCGUCGGGCCCUCACAUCCAUCACCAUCGCCACCUGCAGGCGCUCUACCUCCCCGUCGCCUUCCACUUCCCCUGCACCUCCCCUCAGCCCAACCCCAGAGCCGCUCCACCUGACGGAGCUUCACACAUCAGCAACCAACAUCCAGCUUCUCCCAAAUCUGGCUGCAGAGCUGCAACCUGAGUAUGAAGCAAAUAUGAGUUUGCACAUCAGAAACCAAAAUGUGACUCCUCAGUCUGCACCAGGGAGCCAGAAGAGGCAGGACACUGUGGGGGGGCAAUUUGAAGAAUCUCCUUCACCUUCAGAGAGUUUAGAUAAAGAGGAUUUGACCAUCAAACACGACAACACACAGUCGCUCAGGCGAGAUCUCAAGUUAUCUGUAGUUGGUCAUGAAGCAAAUCAGGCCACAGCCUCAUCUGAUGUUAAAUCUCCUACCAGGACAAGUCACAUCUCACAUGUCCAUCUCACUUUAUCCCCCAAAACUACCCGUCACACUUCUACCCCUGCUGUCCAACCCAGUGCUGCUCCAGGGCUGCCACGUCCAGAAUUUGUCCCCCUCAGACACUCCCCGUCUGCUGCCAUCAGUCCAGACGAAGGUGUUGGUUUGUCCAGUCCACCUGAGUGGUACGACACCAGAGAGCCAGUGAGACAACGAGUGCCUGAAAGAUCCGACACCUCCACCGUGUUUAAAUCUGUUGGGCCUCAAGACCGAACGACCUCCACAUCCACACAGUCCUUGACAACGCUUGUGAGAUCUGACAUGUCAUCAAGGCCCUUUACCACUAAAGCACCAGUGAAAGAGGACUUCAUGCGCCUUGCUCUCCCUCCUACUUCAGUGCCGGUCCUGCUGCCUUAUAAACCUCGUGGCAGUGAGGAGCUCUUCUAUGUCCCUCAGACAGAAGCUGAUGUCUCAUCUACAGAAACCUCUGACACCACCAUGGAGAGCUCCCACACAGGCUCAGACGACGCCGUGCCUCCUCGCUUCAGCAGCGAGGUCCUCGGACACCAGGACCCGGGUUUGGAUCGCGGAGUCACCAUCAGACACUCGGAGGGAAUCUACAGCAAGAGGCUGAAAACUACUGCCGUUAAAAUGCAAGAACCUGCACACACAGAUCCCUCUGUCGCUACAGAUAGAAGUUCAUCACCAAGCGUGAACCAAACUCCAAAUGCCUCCUCUCAGGUGUCAGCUGCCUUUAACCGAGUGCCUUCAUCGAGCAGCCAAGAAGCCUUCAGGAGAGACCAGGGGACGAGUCCGAUCCAGUUCCUCCACUAUGAUCAACCACAGCCCGGCUGGGACAGACUUCAGCCAGUUCAUGUGGAAAGAAACUACGACAAGGUUAGCAGUCAGGUGGUCCAGACUUCUAUAUCUCAGACCAGAGGGGAGCGAGACCACCAGAGGAGGAACUCCGACCUCCAUCGAUCCACCUCCCAGCAGACCAGCAGCUCUCUGGACCAGCUGUGGCAGAAGUUCUGUGAGCAGUGGACCACGGAGGAGUCACGUCCAACCAGAGAAUCGGAGACUUCGCUGCUGGAGCGUCUGGAGCGUCUGUCUCGCCUUAUUCAUAGCACAAGAGCUGCUAAUGUUUCUGCAGUACAGCAGGAGGAAGACCAUGAUUCAGAACAAAAGCUAGGAAGGAGGAGGGAGGAAGUGACAUUGAAGCAGAAGGAAAGAAAGAAGGAGAGGAGUGGUGAGGUCAGAAGAGGUAGAAAAGCUGAACCUCACAUCCAGCUGAGGCUUCAGAAAGAAGAAACCUCACAUCCUGCAGAGGACAACAGCCGAGCCUCCUUCUCCUCCAGCUCCUGCCUCAGCCAGCACCUCUCCCCUGCAGAAUCGGAGACCCCGUCCACAGCAUCCGGCUCCAUGUCCUCUGUGGACACAGCCCGGCUGAUCCGAGUGUUCGGCGCCGACAGAGUCCAGCACCUGAAAAACAGCUCCAGCCUCAGCAAACUGUACAGGACGAUCGACAAGCAGAGAGACGGGAGGGAACAGAGGAGAGGAAGGAAUUCAGCCCAUCAUCACAUCAUCACACCAUCAGAGACCACCGGCACCGAUGAAUCCGUUGCUGCUGAUUCUACGUCAUCAACCAGCACUUACACCGUCCCGUCACACCGCGGCCCGUCCAGGACUCUGGCGGCUAAGAAGGCUGUUAAACUGGUCAACAAAGGCGUCCAGGCAGGUGACCUGGAGAUUGUUAGUAACGGGACUCGACGACACACCAGAGAUGUUGGAACCACGUUCCCUUCACCAGGUGAUACCAGAGCUUUCAGUCAGAUCACAUCUUCUUCAUCCAGCGUAGGAAGAGGAGGACGAGGAGGAGGGCAGAGGAGCCCCUCUAAGACUCAAAGCACCCCAAAACAGAGAAAGACCAAGAGGAGUCCAUCAAAGCCUUACCCUGCAGCUGUUUCGUGGUUCAUCUCUGCUGACAGCCUGAAGUCAGAGUCCAGGAAGGAGAACCAGCCGGCGGAGGAGCAGUCAUGGAGGCCGAGCACCGCCUGGUUCGAACCGUACAGCAGAAUCCAUCCCUGGAGGGAGCCGCUCAGACAGAGACAAGUCCACGAUGACAGAAGCAAACAACAAAGUUACGUUCAUCAUGCUGAACCCGAACCAGAUCCUAGAACCAAAUCUGGACUGGCACGUGUCUCUCUCCAGGAGGCUCUGGAGAUGCGUCGUCCAGAGUUCAUCUCUCGGUCCAGGCAGCGGGUGAAGCGUUUGGCUCUGCAGGUGCAGGAGAGGAAGCUUCAGGACGUCUUCAGCAGAGAGAGAGACCAACUGUUGGACUAUCCAGGAGGACCAGGGAGGCUGCCGAGGCCUGCAGGAACUGCUCUGCUCAGGAGGGCCGUUCCCAGGAAGGAGAUGAUCCAGAGAUCCAAACUGAUAUAUGAGAAUCUGCCAGAGGUCCAAAUGAGGAGAGAGGAGGAAAGAAGGAGAGCAGAGUAUCGAUCUUAUCGACUGAACGCGCAACUGUACAACAAGAGAAUCACAAACCGUGUCCUGGGCAGAAGACCAGCAUGGCAGUGAUCAAACAGAACGAUGACCCGUUUUACUGUAGAUAAAAAUCUGUGAAUCUUUUUUUACGAUUUUAAUACAAAACUACCUAUUUUAAACAUAAUGCUGAGAAGUAGAAUUCUACUGACAUUUUUUACUUGUCUGGAUGACUUGAAAAUGUGUUUUAAUGUCAAAAUAAACAAAACUUCUGCAGA